AUGGAGCUGGGGCGCGGCCCCCGCGGCGCCGCUGCAGCCUCGGAAAUCAAAGGCAGAAGAGAAAAUCAAAUUUCAUAUUUGAAAAUAUCAAAACUAGCAUUGGCUUUUGCAAUUAUCCACUCAAAACCACCAGGGAAGAGUUCCAAAGAAUACACAGAGUACCUUGCCAGAACUGUAUCCGAACAAGAUUUUGGAUGGAAAUGGAAAGUGGAAGUGCUGGAAGCUGAAGUUCUUCGAUUACGACAGGAACUUCUUUUGAACAGGAUCUCUCCAAGAUUCUGCUUGGAAAACAGAAAACAGGAUGCCUCUGCUGAAACUCAUUUGGUUCGGGAAUCUAUAAACCCUACAAGUUACUUGAGCCAGCUAGAAGACUCUGGAUGUGAUGUCUUUAAUGACUCUGCUUUUGAUUCUUUAGGCAUAGCUUCAGAUUUUCAUCAAUCUGAGCAGAAUGUCAACACUUCUAAACAUUGGUUGGAAAGAGUUCCCCCACUGAAUCUUUGCCAUACUAGCAAGGAGCAAUCUCUGACUGCUCCAGUGCAUUUUUUGCAAUGUUUGCUUGAAAUAAGAAAACUGUCAGAAGGAGGAAUUCUUCAAGCAGACUUCUCAGAGCUUGAGAGUGAUUCUUUCACCAUAUGCAAUUCAGUGUCUCAGUUGCUUGAUGGACUGACUUUUUUUUACAACAGUCCUAAAUUCCCAGCUCCAAGUUUCGUUACUGAAGGAGUUUGUGUUUUGCUCAGUUUAAUAACUGAUACUAAAUUAUCGAAUCAUGUUUUGAAGAAGUGUUUCAAGAAGCUAGAAGAAUUUAAGAAAAAUCUAAUUCAAAUUAUUUUAAGAAAUACGAGUGUCAAUAGGUUUCAGGCACUGCAUUCUGUAUCAGAAACGCUGGGUUUGCUAGGAAGGAACAACAUACUAAGAAAUUCUUUAAUAUCCCUUCUCCUAUCCAGAAUCCGUCAGUUUGCUGAGCAGUUGUUGCAGGCUCACCAGGCCCAGUCUGUGUAUGACAUCACCCAGUAUGAGAAUAUUUUUCUUUUGUGCAUGAUUCUGGAACAACUUCUUCAAAAUGAGACAGAAGAAAGUAACAUUUCAAGCUUAGACUAUGGAAAAGAAAAAAUCAAAUUUUUGAAGAACCUUGAUCAAGUUAUUCUUCAUCUCUCAGAUGAAUUCCCUUUGUUUUCAUUGUAUUUGUGGAGAGUGAGUGUUCUUUUGAACUCAGGUCAAAUGCAAAUUGAUUAAAACAAGCAGCCUACUUUUUAACUAUGCAUUUCUUGUGGGAUUGCAUUGGAAAAGUUUCGAGCUAGACAGUGAUAUUUUCCUUAUUGAGAAACAUUUACUUUAAACAACUAUUCUAUA